UCUGAGCGGCGAGCGUCAUGGUCUCCAGCGGCACCAGCGGUAACGUGGGAAUCACUGGCCGGCCCGUGCAGUAGCUGGCGGGUCUCGCGCCCUGCUGACGUGCCACACCGCGUCUCACGUGCUCACUUGUGCGCUCGUGUUUACGUGCCUCGCCGCGGGGCCUAAAUGGAUUGUUGCUAAGUGUUGGUUGUCUGAAUGUUUGAGUGACACAUGAAACAUAAUAUUGUAAGCCUCAAAUAAACUUGCCACGAUGCCGCGCCCGUGUCGUGAGAGUUACGGGGACCAGAAGCCGCCGUACUCGUACAUAUCCCUGACCGCCAUGGCCAUCUGGAACAGCCCGGAAAAGAUGUGUACACUGGCGGAGAUCUACAAGUUUAUUAUGGACAACUUCCCCUACUACCGCAAGAACACUCAGCGGUGGCAGAACUCGCUGCGACACAACCUCUCCUUCAACGACUGCUUCAUCAAGAUCCCCCGUCGCCCCGACAGGCCCGGCAAGGGCGCCUACUGGACCUUGCACCCGUCCGCCAUGAACAUGUUCGAGAACGGCAGCUUCCUCCGCCGCAGGAAGCGCUUCAAGAUCCCCAAGCCAGAGAAGGUAGCGCUGGAGGCGGGCCUGGCGCACCUGCACGGCCGGCCGAUGGACCCCCUGGAGGCGCCGCGCCUGACGGAGGGUUCCUCCUGCCCGGAGAUACAACCACACAACAAACAGCCCUUUACCAUAGAAAACCUGGCUGCCUCAGACGCCAAGCCACCCAUGCUGACGGCGCCCACACCCAUGUACCCACCAGGCACCCACAUGGCCCACCUCAACGCCCACUUAGCAACACUCAGAGGCGCGGGAGCUUACUCAGGGAGAAACCUGGGUUUCGGAGUCCUCAAUCCUCACAGUCUCUUUCCCCACCAGGAGGCCAACCUUGCUGCCAGCCUCACGCCCACCUCCCUGGGCACAUCCUUCAGUUCUUCUCUCAACAGUACCUUCAACUGCUCCCUCAGUACCUCCCUCAACAACUCGCUGAGCGGACACUUGGCGGCCACUCUGGGCGGGUCCUUGGGUGGCUCUCUCGGGAGUUCCCUCGGCACCCUUGGCGGCUCCCUCGGGGGUCUAGGGGGCCUCGGUGGCCUAGGUCACGGUGUCGGCCAUUUAGGGAGUUCAAUGCCAUCCAGUUUGGCCACGUCGCUGCAGCAGCUGUAUAGUGCAGCGUUGGCCCAAAUGCCCGGCCUGCACACCCAUGCGGGCGGCCUACCAUCCCCUCUGGCCCGCCUGCCCCCGCCAACUCUGUCCCUGCCUGUUCCAGUGCGGCCCACGCCAAUGCCACCUGCGCUGUUCCAUGCCCUGCCGCCCACCAACCCGCCCGCGCUCCACACUCUGCCGUCUCUCUCACUCUUCCACCAAAAGUUGCGUUGUGCCGCUCCUCUGCUGCCGGAGGACAACGUGCCGGAGGACAACGCCAUGGACUCUCCCUGUGAGGACAAACACACCUCACCUGCCAGCGCCGACGCCCCCACCACCCUCCGGCCACCCACGGCGACCACCCCACCCCCGGGCGGCACCGCAGCCUCACCCCAGGGCAGAGUCAUAUGACAGUAGUGACAGCGGGCCGGUACACCCGACCCGACGUCAUGCUGCCAAAAUGUAUUUAUGUAGGGGGAGAGAAAAUGAGUUAUUAUAGCCAGUGAUAUUUUAGGGCGACGACCAACAGUUUUGUAGGUAGAUGUGCCAGCGACGGUGUGAGUGAGUGCCACAAACAGUGCUGAUACAAGACUGGUCGGUGCCACACACAAGUCCCAACGGUGCCAGCCAAGGUACCCCCGGACAGUGCCACGGAAGGGGUUAAGUGUAGUGUGUCAUGGCCAACCAGCGACACCUUAACGAUAUACGAGUAACGAUAAUAUUUAGUGCCAGUGAUCUGUGACUUAGGAGAGACUGACGCUGUGGUGCUCCUGAGGGCGCCUCUGCCUCCCCCAGCUGUGGGAGAGGCCGAGAGUGCCGCCUCUUAAGUACGGGUGUCCUACAGUGUCAUCAGGAGCUCCCUGCGUUGAAUGGACAACUAAGGAUCUCCGGACCCGCCGCCCACCACCGUCCUCCGCACCAGGAUCAAGCAGGAAGUAUCCGACGGCGGCGCUGUAGGAACCUGGGGCAGCGGUCGAGGGGCAUCCUGGAUCUGUUCUACUCCCUGGGGUCCCUCGGGCAGCCCUCCCCCACCCCAGAGCCGCACGCGAGCUGUGGCCACGUGCCCGGGCGGCAGGUGGCUGUCAGGCCGCGCGACCCUUCACACUCUCACGUGCUAAUAAACAUAGAGUAGUCACACCUGUAUC